AGUUUUUUUAUAUAAAUGAAACGAUUUUUUGCAUCAUAUAACGCAAUUUUUUCAAAAAUAUCUAUUAAUUGUUAAGCAAUUAUUUGUAAUAAAGUUGUUUAUUAUUGCUGUUUAUUAAAGUUAUGUUAGACGAGAAAGUUGGUUUUAUUGGUGGCGGAAAUAUGGCUUUUGCCAUUGGUUCUGGUCUAAUCAAUCGUGGUAUUAUCAAAACCAGUCAAGUUCUAGUAUCAGGACCAACUCUGGAGAAUUUGCAACGUUGGCGUGAUCUGGGUGUUGCGACAAUUACUGAUAAUAACCAUGUAGUGGAUGAAAUGGAUAUUAUAUUCAUUUGUGUGAAACCACACAUACUUAAUCCGUGCGCUGAAGACUUGAAAAAAAAUCAUCGUGCUAAAAGCAAAGAUAUGAAUAAAGUCUUUGUUUCAGUAUUGGCUGGAGUUAAUUUGAAAGAUUUAGAAGCAAGUUUUAGCUUCAUUAUCAAUGUAAAAAUGAUACGUUGCAUGCCCAAUACGCCCAUGCAGAUUAGUGAAGGUUGCACAGUUUAUUCCUCCGGGUCAAAUAUUGAGCCGCAUGAUUUGGAAAAAGUUCAUAUCAUUUUAAAUUCUUUGGGCGUUGCUCAACAUAUACCAGAAUCGAUGAUAAAUGCCGUUACCGGUUUAUCCGGUUGCGGUCCGGCAUUUGUUUACACAAUUAUUGAGGCUUUAGCCGAUGGUGCUGUAAAAAAUGGUGUUCCCCGGCAAAUGGCUUUACAAUUUGCCGCACAAGUGGUCGUGGGUGCUGCAAAAACUGUUAUGAUAACGGGAAAACAUCCCGCCAUAUUAAGAGAUGAAGUAUGUUCACCGGGCGGCGCCACAAUUGCUGGCGUUCAUGAAUUGGAAAAGGGCAAUUUAAGAGCUACUUUAAUGAAUGCCGUGGAAAUGGCUUCACAACGAUGUGCGGAUUUGGGUCGUAAAGAUAAUGCAAAUUUUGAAUUCUGCGGAGGAUGUUUAUAAUUUUAGUACAAUUUUUGAAAAAUGGUUUGGAUGAUCACGAUAUACUUUU